AUGCAGCCCGAGCAAAAUCCUGAUCGAAAAGAGCACUGCCGAGCAGAGUGUUCGAGAAAAGGCGUCACUGGGGGACGACCAUGCGGUGCCUUGAACUGGAUUCCCCACACCAAAGGCUGUAUGUUGUUCGAGGUCGGAUACGACAAGCGACUGAUCAUGCCGAGCUCCCACGUACACUUUCUCGUGAACAAAUGCGCAGAAGGCGCCAUAGAGUCAGAACGAGACGGAAGGAGCACUCUCACGAUCACCAUACAAGGAGUUCAGCUUCACCGCGGAGGGGACCGCAUAGAGCAGUGCCAUAGCAUCAGAUCAAGGAGCUUUAUUUACGUGUGUGUGUGUGUGUAA